UCAUGGAGUAUGGAGUAACACAGGGGAGGUAAUGUGUGUUUACGUUAGCUUAGCUGUGUCUGUUUGUCUUCCUUUUAAAUCCUGAAGUAAACAGACACACCCCCAAGACUUACUUUAUUGCAUGCUGGGUUUUAUCUACAGCAAACUAUGGGCACACAAACAAGGGUAAAUGUUGACCCAGUCGACCCUAAAGUUGUGCUGAAGUGAGGAGUCUAGGUUCGUUGCUGCAUGGCCGGCUGUGACCCUAGCGCUAGCUCGAGUCAAGGCCACACAUCUGUUUUGUUCUUUUCGGUGUACAGAAACUGUUAAGUUGCAGCACCGUUCGAAUCUUAUUGUAAUUAAAUAAGUGUUUUUACAGCUCUGAGCUUGAAAACUCUCCUAGGAAUUUUGCAAGGGUCAUCACAACUCUUCAUUAACUGUGAGAUUCUCUGUGGAUCAUCAGACAGAGACAUGGCGCAAAAGAAAGCGGAUUUCGGGCCACUUGUCGGGGCUAUUGAUCAAGGAACAAGCAGCACCAGAUUCUUGGUUUUCGCCAGCAAGACCUCAGAACUUUUGAGCUACCAUCAAGUGGAAGUUAAACAGUCUUUCCCAAAAGAAGGAUGGGUGGAAGAAGAUCCGAAGGAGAUCUUAGCAACUUGCUCGGAGUGCAUCGAGCGUGUCGUGGAGAACCUGUGGAAGAUGAACAUCGAUCCCACCAACAUUAAAGCGAUCGGAAUCACCAAUCAGAGAGAGUCUACUGUAGUCUGGGAUCGAAUCACCGGAGAGCCGCUGUUUCCCGCAAUCAUUUGGUUGGAUACACGCACUGCAACGACAGUUCAGAAACUCAUAGAGAAAACACCGGGACAAAACAAAGACCAUUUGCAGUCGCUUUGUGGUCUUCCUCUGUCGACAUACUUCAGUGCAGUGAAGCUCCGAUGGAUUCUAGAUAACUCGGAAGACGUCAGGAAAGCUGUCGAUGAAAACCGAUGCUGCUUCGGUACAAUCGACUCCUGGCUCAUGUGGAAUUUUACCGGAGGCAAAGAUGGCGGACUUCACAUUACUGAUUCGACCAAUGCCAGUCGUACAAUGCUGAUGAACAUCAAGACACUACAGUGGGAUGACAAACUAUGCAGCUUUUUUGAUAUUCCAAAGAGCGUCCUACCGGAGAUUCGAAGCUCAGCCGAGGUUUAUGGGAACAUGGUAGAGGGCGCCCUCAAGGGAGUUCCAAUAUCAGGGAUCCUUGGUGAUCAGCAAGCAGCUCUCGUUGGUCAGACGUGCCUCAAGAAAGGCAUGGCCAAGAACACGUAUGGCACUGGAUGUUUCUUGCUGUACAACACAGGAGAAGAACCUGUCUUGUCUAAGAAUGGUCUCCUGACGACAGUUGCCUAUCAAUUAGGCAAGGAUGCACCUGUAACGUAUGCCCUAGAGGGUUCCGUGGCCAUCUCAGGAGCAGCAGUCCGCUGGUUGAGAGACAAUCUUGGUAUCAUUAAAGAGGCUAAAGACGUUGAAUCGCUAGCCGCUAGUGUGGAAGAUUGCGGAGGCGUUUAUUUCGUCCCAGCUUUCUCUGGACUCUAUGCACCGUACUGGCAGACAGAUGCAAGAGGAACAAUCUGUGGUCUGACUCAGUACAGUAACAAAGCACACAUCGCAAGAGCUGUGCUAGAGGCUGUCUGCUUCCAGACUAAGGAGCUCCUAGAUGCCAUGAAUCAAGAUUCUGGCAUCCCAUUGGUCAGGCUGCAGGUGGAUGGUGGAAUGACAGCCAAUCAGCUCCUGAUGCAGCUACAGGCAGAUUUACUCAAUAUACCCGUCGUUCGUCCGUCUAUGCCAGAGACAACGGCCCUAGGAGCUGCCAUGGCGGCCGGUCACGCUGUUGGGGUAUGGAGUCUAGCACCUGGAGAUCUGACAACCAUCACCACCGAUGUAUUCUCACCAACUAUCACUGAAGAAAAUCGUAGCGCUCGUUAUAGUAAGUGGAAGUUGGCGGUGAAGAAAUCUAUGAACUGGGAGGGGGGAGAGAGCUCUGCAUCUACACAAGAUGGGAUCUUGAGAAGUAUUCCAGCCAGUCUAUACCUCAUGAGUUCAUUCAGCGUGCUCAUCCUUGCCAAAAUCAUCUCAUCAAGACCUUGAAUCUCUCUCAGCAAAGUCGACGUUUCUUCAACAAAUCAUGGACUUUUGAGUGUGUUAAACUUUUCUAUGCAAUAAGUGUGCAGUUUGGUGCAAUAGUCUGACAACUUGCCAAUAACCCAUAUGCAAGUCCAAUGGGCGUGCAUGAUCGGAGGGUUAUAGGAUUGUCGAUGACUUCCGACUCCAAGCAACACUGGCAACUACAUGAUGCGCUGAUUUUAAACUACAACCAUAAAACCGGCAUAGUUGCAUACAAACUACUGCCUAGCGUCCAGUAUUGCCAGCUUCUGCUAUUAUUUAACUGUAGUUUGGUCCCCCAAGAUGCACUGUGGUAUAUUUUCAAAAUGGCGCAAAUGCAUAUGACCUAUUGACCCCUUGCACUUGUGUCAGGUGCGUUUCAUUUUUGGAGUCAAACUGCAAGUCAGGAUAUGGUGAGCAUGUUAAUAAGUGUAGCUGCUCUCGAAGAGGAAAGGAAAACUGCUUUAAAAGAAAAACUUUCAAAAGUAAACCGUACUUCUCCCUAAAAUAAAAACACUGCUUUUGAAAAUAAAG